AUGAUGUUCAAGGCAAUGUAUAAAAUGCGGCCUAUAUGUGGCUUGCAUUGUCCCCUAAACGCUUUGUUUAACAAACGUUUACAUAAUACAAGUUCAAACAGUGCACAAAAAAAGAGAAUACGUUCUACUGUAUAUUAUCUUUCUUCUCUAGGAGUAUUAACGGUCGGUCUUAGUUAUGCGGCUGUGCCACUGUAUAAAAUGUUUUGUCAGGCAUUCAGUUAUGGUGGAACUCUGAACCAUAACAUAGAAGAUUCAAAAGUAGAAACAAUGAAACCCAAUAGAAACCGAGAAAUCAAAGUGCAUUUCACUGCUGAUACCUCAUCCAGCAUGCAAUGGAGCUUUAAACCUCUUCAGAAUGAAAUCAGAGUAGCACCUGGCGAAACAGCAUUAGCGUUUUAUACAGCUAAAAAUCCAUUAGAUAAAGCAAUUACAGGUAUCAGCACAUACAAUGUUGUACCUUUUGAGGCAGGACAAUAUUUUAAUAAAAUACAAUGUUUUUGUUUUGAAGAACAACAGUUGAAUCCAAAUGAAGAGGUUGAUAUGCCAGUAUUCUUUUUUAUUGAUCCUGAGUAUACAACCGAUCCAAAAAUGGAGAACAUUGAUGACAUAACACUGUCGUACACAUUCUUCGAAGCCAAACAAGGUGUAGAUUUAUCAAAUAUUUUCAAACACUGA